AUGAUCAAGCAAGGGCUUCUUAGCUUGCUGGCGCUAUGCUCGGCGAGAGCAACUGCUUCAGUGACCGUGCGGAAGACGGAUAGGGGCACAACUGGCUACGAGGUUGACUUCAAAUACGUCAACACUACAGCCAGCCGUGUGCUCAUCGGCGGAGGAUUGCAGCCGUUUUCAGAUCACUUUCACACGACAUUAAACACCCGCGCAUGGUAUGAUCCCCAUGAUUAUAAACCCGGGGACUUCUACGUAUCAUUCGGAGAGACGCCCGACGACUACCAGUGGCCGUAUGAGAUGGCGAACGAAGGUGAUGGUGUGUGGACCUAUACGACGCCUCUCCCAUCGGGAAUAUAUAGUUAUGCGUACCUGAUAGACUGCAACUACGCACCAAACUGCAGCAUCGUCACCGGCCAACUCGUCACCGAUCCAGACCUGCCCCCGUUCCAAAACGUCCAAGGAGAUCAAGUAGCAUCUAGCUUCCAGGUACCAUUCGACGCGCGGUUUCAAGGCACCGACGAUAUAAGCGCCAACUUCGACUACGCACUACCUGCCCCCGCCGAGUUCCGGGGUACCGUCAAAUCCGUCAACUAUUCAUCGCCUGGGUCUAUCCAUCCGGAGCCCGACGUGCACCACUUCGGUCUUUACCUCCCGGCAGAGUACGGCAGGGUACAAGGGAAGAAGUACCCGCUUCUUUACCUAUCGCACGGCGCCGGCGGCAACGGGAACGACUGGGAAAACCUCGGUCGGAUGUCGAGUAUCAUAGACAAUUUAAUCGCCGAAGGCCACAUCGAGCCUACGGUCGUAGUUAUGCCGUCAUUUUACAAUCUAGACGACAGCUUACCGCGCUUCAUCAUGGGGAACGCGUCGACCACGUGGGAGUUACCGACGUCGCAGCAUAUCCGCGAGAACUACCAGAGAUACCUAUUCCCGUGGGUAGAACAGCACCUCGACGUAUGCUCCGCGCCGUCGUGCCGGGCCUUCGCGGGCCUGUCGUGGGGCGGCCGUCUGACGUACGAGAUGUACGUCAACGCGACGGACUACUUCGACUGGUUCGGGAUGUUCUCGCCGGCGACGUCGGGGCCGUACGUCGACGCGGAGGGUCUAGCGGCGAAUCCGGCGCUGGCUAGAAAGGGGCUGUUCGUGGCGUACGGGCUGUACGACUCGGUGUUCGACGCGGGGCGGGACGUGCAGGCCGCGCUCGACGCGCUGGAUAUCAGGUUCCUGUCGCGGAUCACGCCGUUCGGCGGGCACUACUGGAAUACGUGGCAGGACGAGCUGUGGUGGUUCGGGGUCAAAGCGCUGUGGAAGCCGUUUCCGUACACGCAACGGACGGGGCGGUAG